AUUUUUCACUAAUUUGGAAACUCUCAGUCUCACCUGCGUCCUCUUUUCUUAAUUCAUUACUUAUUUACUUCUUUCUCCCACAGACUUAUAUACAAAUCUGUGUAGUAAAUCCCGAAUUUAUUUUCAUAGGUAGUGUCUCAUAUAAUAAUGAUAUAUGUGCGUCAAAUUGUUUACACUAGCAUUUAAAUAAGCUACACUCAGGUACAGCCUACAAUAGUUCCAUCCAUAUUCCAUAGUAUAAUAAUAUGAUAUAGUCGUAGUUCCUGUACCCUGUUGAUAACGGUAUCAAUAUGCCUAAAUAUUCUUUAAUUGAGAGUAAGUUACGCCGAUAUUUAUACUUGGGACAUGAAUAUUGUAUAUAUGUUCCUCCUUCAAUUCGAACUUCAUUUUGGAAUGAAAAUCAUCAUGAUGAUGUUACUGGUGUGAGGAUAAUAGGAAAAAUUGUUAAAAAGAAUAAAACUGAAGAAAUUAAUUCAAUAGUUCCAAUCUUUUUAAAGAUUAAAAAAGAAGGUAAACUUCUUGAUGAUCGGCUCCUGAUUUUUGCAUUGGCCGUGUGUGCCAGAUUUAAUUUGGAACCAUGUGUAAAAAUGGUUGCUGACGCCUAUGCAGCAGUCUCUGCAAUAUGUACAGAUGGAUUAAAACUAUUGAUGUUUGUUAAAUUCAUCAAAAUAGCUGAUAAUAUCCUUUUUGAUCAGGGUUUUACAACCGUUACGUCUAAUGGUCAUGGUCGUGGUUUUGCCAAAUCUAUGACUAAAUGGUAUUUAAAUAGAGAUCCAUUACUAACAACAGAACACAUAGUAAGGAAUAAAUGUUAUGAUGGUUGGAGUCAUAAAGAUGUAAUGAAACUAAUUCAUCUUCAUUCCACUGAACCAUGUCGUAUUAUGUACAUUGUUUACACUUUGAGUGGUAUCGAAAAGGUUGAAAAAUUAUUUGGAUCUAAAAUGAAAGACGUUUGUAUUGAAGAUAGAGAUGAAACAUUUGAAAAUAAGCAAUUAAAAUUUAUUUACAACUUUUUAAAUCAAGUAGAAAAUAUAAAAAAAAUGGAUGAGCGUGCAUUGCGGUGUGAAAUUGAAUUAAAUAGAUGGGGUAAGGAACCUGAAGUUAUACCACGAGAAAUGCUAAAAAGUUCAACUAUUUUAACUUCACUUGUUAUGCAUUUGCCGUUAGAGAAACUUUUGGAGAACACAUUUUUUUUUGCUAAAAACAGAUUAUUUCACAAUACAACACCCGAUGUAGGGCUUUGGGAGUAUAUUUUACGCUUCAACAACACAAUUCUAUUAAAAACAUCACAAAUUCAUCCAAUUGAACCAUUUAUAGAAUAUGCUAAAUAUGCUAGAACAUGCAUAAAUAUCUUAAAGUUACAAAACAAUAUUAUGAAAAAGGAAGAACAAAACCCUGUUUUUGAACCAAUUGAUGAUAAAUUAAAAGUGAUAAUAAAGUUACAAAAAUCACCAGAUAAAGAAGAAGUUGUUAUUCAACCAACUGUAGAAAAUGAAGGUGAAUUAUUUAAUGAAGAAACACAAACUCAAAAUCAAAUUGAUCAAAAAUGUAAUUCAGCUUCAAGUAGUUCAAAAAAUACAAACCAUCAAAAAUCUGCACAGAAUUCAACCAUAAGUGAAAAGGUAGAAUCAAAAAAUUAUCAAAAAUCAUUAGCCGAAACAACGUUGGAAGAAAAUCAGAGAAAACAACAAGUCGAAUUAGCUGACAGUGUCCAUCGCUUAUCAACUUUAAACAUCAACAGUCAACAAAUUAAUCCUGUAUCAACAGAAGAAUUAGUACCGGAUGUGAUUCAAUCAGAAGUUAAUGAUGUCAACCAAAACCAACAGAGUGUUUUGUAUUUGAUAAAACCACUUCCAAAAUUAGUAGACCAGCUGAUGACAUUUUUAUCUGAAGAUCUGGUUAAAAAAACUUGCGAAGUCUUAGAUCCUUCAGGCCUUCGUAUAAUGAUAACAUAUGACAGUCGAAUAUGUAUGAAGACAUCAAUGUGUGCAUGUACACGAUUGAUCAGUGUGCAUGAAGCUAUUACAUUAAUAAUAUUGUCUUUAAUUUACCCAGAAAAAUUAGAAAAUAAACCAACUGUAUAUGGUUUAAAUUCAGAUAUAAAUUCAUCUAAGGAGAUUGAAAUUGAUUAUAACCAAUCUUUGACUUUUUCCUCUUUAGAAUCCAUAUUGUUUAAAAAACCUGAUAGUAGAAACGGUCCAAACGCAAUAGAUUCUGAUAAAAAAGAUAUUCCUCAAGUUUAUCCUCAUAUGUCUUUUAAGUGGGCUAAAGAAAAUAAUAAAGAAUUUGAUGUAUUUGUAUUUUUGGGAAAUAACAAAAUGAAUUUAAGACUUUUUAAAAGAAAUAUGAAAGGAUAUCAAGCACAUUUUAAAAACCCGGUGAAAAUUAUUUUACUUUGUCUAAAUGGAAAACAUUAUGAUCAAAUUAAUCUAGGUCGAAGAAAUACAUUGUUUAUUAUUGGAUUUGAUAAAAAUGUUGGUAAACUAAUUAAUUCCUUUAUAAAGGAUGAUUUUUAAAAAUUAAAAUACAAUAUGUUGUUUUAAGAUUAUAAGAAUUUAGUUGGUAAUUUCAUAUUAAUUUGUUAUACUUAUAUAAUAUAUUUUUUUAUUUGUAUAACAUUAA